AGGUUUAUGCACGGGAAGUUCAGAUCAACAGCAGUGGCUGAAACCAGGCCGCGCACCGAGCAGCUGGAACCCCUGUAUACCUCCAGACCACCGCCUGAACCCGCCCCUCCUCUGCGCCCCUGCUGCGGCUGCUACCAGCCGCUGACUGGUCGCAGCGGUCCGGCUCGGACAUCCCCGAUGCGCCGCAGCGGCUGCCAGCAGGCAUCUGGAGCCCCCCCACCCGCCGCACGGUACAAUGCAACAGCUACAGCUCCCAGGACGCCCCGCCACGGCUAGCGGACUUCUUUAAGAGCCCGAAGGUGAAAAACAUGACAGGCGGAUCCACAUCUUGGGCCUUUGCUCGUGCGUUUGUCGCUAACUGUCGGUAGCGCUUCAUGCUUCUUCCGCGCACUUCUAAGGAAAGCUUCCCGGGUCGACGCUCGUCUCUCCGCAGCUGCAGGUCAUUUUGGGGGAAAUCUGCAGCAAAUUCGACAAGUGUGGACGUUUUAAGGAAACAUCAAAGCUCAUCCCAGGCAGAGGCUUCACAGCUGGCGUCUUCUCCGACACAUUGAGCUGGAAGGAAUCACGGUGUCUGCCUGGAGGACCACCGGUUGAACCGAGCCCGUCACCAGAGUUCAUUGUUCGGGAGUGUUUGAGGGGAAAGGUGGGCUGGUUCAAGUCUUCAGCACCAUGGUGAUCUUCAACGGGCAGCUGAAGAUCAAGAUCUGCGAGGCUCUGGAGCUCAAACCGACGGCUUGGUCCCUGCGUCACGCCGUCGGCCCCAAGACCCAGACCUUCCUCCUGGACACGUACAUCGCCCUGAACGUGGACGACUCGCGCGUGGGUCAGACCUCCACCAAGCAGAAGACCAACAGCCCCGCCUGGAACGAUGAGUUCACCACGGAGGUCCACGACGGCCGCAGAAUCGAGCUGUCCGUCUUCCACGACGCGCCCAUCGGCUACGACGACUUCGUGGCCAACUGCAUCAUCCAGUUCGAGGACAUCCUGCACAACGGCAGCAAGCACUUCGAGGACUGGAUUGACCUGGAGCCAGAGGGGAAGGUGUAUGUUGUCAUUGACCUAUCAGGAUCUUCCAGCGAAGCUGCGACAGCCUCCACUGAGAAUGAGGAGCGAGUGUUUCGGCAGCGGAUGCGUCCCAGGAAGCGUCAGGGUGCCGUCCGCCGGAGGGUCCACCAGGUGAACGGACACAAGUUCAUGGCCACCUACCUGAGACAGCCCACCUACUGCUCCCACUGCAGGGACUUCAUCUGGGGCGUGUUAGGAAAGCAGGGUUACCAGUGUCAAGUGUGCACCUGUGUGGUCCAUAAGCGCUGCCAUGAGCUGAUCAUUACCAAGUGUGCAGGGAUGAAGAAGCAGGAGGACACAGUCGGGGAGCCAGUCGGCUCUCAGAGGUUCAGCGUCAACGUGCCGCACAAGUUCAGCAUCCACAACUUUAAAGUUCUCACCUUCUGCGACCACUGCGGGUCUCUGCUGUGGGGUCUGCUGCGACAGGGACUGCAGUGUAAAGUGUGUAAAGUGAACGUCCACAGGCGCUGUGAGAGGAACGUGGCUCCUAACUGUGGCGUGGACGCCAGAGGAAUCGCUAAAGUCCUCUCUGACCUCGGAGUCACGCCAGACAAGAUCUUCAACAGCGCCCAGAGACGGAAAAAGCUUCCUCAGGGUCAGGACCCCCAGCCGCCGAUAUCAGGGACGCCCAAGAUGGAAGACGACCGCUCAAAGUCCGCCCCCACCUCACCGUGUGACCAGGACGCGAAGGAGCUGGAGAACAUCCGGAAGGUUCUGUCGUUCGACCACCGCGGAGAGGAGCACAAAACCCACCCCCUCUCCUCCGCCUCGUCUGUUGCUGCGGUGACGGGGGACACACGUGGAGGAGGAGGAGGUGACGGAGGCAGCGUCGGAGUGGAGGGUGAAGGAAGGCGGGAGAACGGAGAGGUCAAAGGUCACAACGCUCCCGAGAUGAAGAGGAUGAACCUGCACGACUUCGUGUUCAUCAAAGUUCUGGGGAAAGGAAGCUUCGGGAAGGUGAUGCUGGCGGAGCUGAAAGGCAGCGACGAGGUUUACGCUGUCAAGGUGCUGAAGAAAGACGUGAUCCUGCAGGACGACGACGUGGACUGCACCCUCACCGAGAAACGGAUCCUGGCCCUGGCCAGAAAACACCCCUACCUGACACAGCUCUUCUGCUGCUUCCAGACCAAAGACCGCCUGUUCUUUGUGAUGGAGUAUGUUAACGGAGGCGACCUGAUGUUUCAGAUUCAGAGGUCGAGGAAGUUCGACGAGGCGCGAUCUCGUUUUUACGCCGCCGAGGUCACGUCCGCUCUGAUGUUCCUGCACCGACACGGAGUCAUAUACAGAGACUUGAAGCUGGACAACAUACUUCUGGAUGCAGAGGGUCACUGUAAGCUGGCAGACUUUGGGAUGUGCAAGGAGGGAAUCCUCAACGGAGUCACCACCACCACCUUCUGUGGGACACCAGACUACAUCGCACCUGAGAUCCUUCAAGAGCUGGAUUAUGGCCCGUCAGUGGACUGGUGGGCUCUGGGGGUGCUGAUGUAUGAGAUGAUGGCAGGACAGCCACCGUUUGAAGCCGAUAACGAAGAUGACCUGUUUGAGUCCAUCCUCCAUGACGACGUCCUCUAUCCUGUCUGGCUCAGCAAGGAGGCUGUGUCCAUUCUCAAAGCGUUCAUGACUAAGAGCCCUCACAAGCGUCUGGGCUGUGUGGUGGCUCAGGGACUGGAGGAGGCCAUUAAGCUCCAUCCGUUCUUCAGAGAGAUCGACUGGACGCUGCUGGAGCAGAGGAAGAUCAGGCCGCCGUUCAAACCACGCAUCAAAACCAAAAGGGAUGUGAACAACUUCGACCAGGACUUUACCCGCGAGGAACCCGUCCUGACGCCGGUGGACAGCAGCAUCAUCAAGCAGAUCAACCAAGAUGAGUUUAAAGGAUUCUCCUACUUUGGAGACGAGACUGUCGCCUGAACACACGCGAACGCACCGACGCACGCACACAUACGAUUAACUACAUACGUACGCAGCAGCAUCAUCACCACACUAAAAAAUCUUCAAGCAAAGACGCAGCAUUUAAAGAAACACGACCUCUUGAGUGAGGCCUCCUGAACUUUUCCAGAUUCUGGCCGCUCCAGGAGUUAUACCAGACCAUCUGUAUCUCUCUUUAUGGUUUCUGUGCUCUUGAUGUUUGUCCAUUUGUGCAUAUCCCAUUGAAAUAUAUGCUCAAGCCGCACAGAAGUGCAGGUCAGAUACUGUAGGAAACGACCUACCUGCUCCUGAUGCAGGCAAAGCGGUGGACAGAAGUGUUUUGAGGUAGAAACAUGGGUUAGGUCGGGGCUGUUAGCGUGUGUGUGUGUGUGUGUGUGUGAGAUAGAGAGAGGGAGAUAAUGUGUGUACAAGUGAGCAUGCAUGUGUAGUUGCAUACCUCUAGAAAGAGCCAGACUGUCAUUUCUGUACAUGAUGUGCCGUAUCCUGUGUCUGUCUCCGUGUUUAAAGAAUGUUUUCUUCCCUAAACAUGUAUGUGAAUGGAAAAAAAUAAUUGAACCAAUGAUUGUAUUUAAAGAAAAAAAGGUCUUGAAAAGUAUUUUACUCGUUAGAAAAAGAAACGUCGAAGGAGACGCGAGAAGAAUUUUUUUUGCUGAUGAAGUUCGUGGUGAAUUUCUGAGGUUUGUCGUUGUUUCGUUUUAAAUUUGAGAGUCAAAGGGGGCAAAUUAAAUGUUAACUUAAGAAGACAAAAGCGACACUUUUUGGUGUUUUAAUUUUGCUUCAGUUUGAUCUCAGCAGCUCUUUUCUUACUGUGGAGAAGGUUGUUUUUCCUUCUCUCUCCAUAUUUUAGCUUAUUAGUACAUCAGUGUUCCCGUUCUUCAUUAAAAACCAAUGGGUAGCAUUAGCCGCGAGCUAACUAAACUACAGUAGCCCAACAUUGGGAGUGUCCAUUGUUCUAGUGAGAUAUGCUUACAGUGCUAACAAGCUUAUGUACAUAUGAAGCCACAUAAUGAGCUGAAAUCUAAAAUAGAACAGGGGCCCUUCACACACAGGAAGUCCUCGUUACUGAAACUCUCUCUGCACCUUCUGGAGCGAAAUCUUUCUCGGUCAACUCCCAUUGAAAUGCCUUGUGUGUGUUUGUGUGUACGUUACCUGUAAUCGGUUGCUGCACUCGACCCGAAACAAACCGAACCCGCGUGCUUCCACGUGGGUCGUACACUGAGGUGAACGCGUCGGCUCGUGUUGCUGAAUGUGUUGAACUGAAUGUAUUUGCCGUGUGUGCAGGAGAGCAGAGGCCUCUUCAUGACGUCCUCAUAGUCCUGUUUUUUAUUUAAAAUGUCUUUUUGUUGUUGUUGUUUUUACUGGAUCGUCUACUUCUUGCUGUUAGAAGUCUUCAGAUUUCACGUGAUGCAGCGAGACUCACCUGAAACCGUACUUUAGACCCUCCUCAUCCUCUUUGUACUGCCUGAGGUCAAAUAAGCUUCAACUGAGCAAACAGGCCUCAGAGGAACCUCCACAGGUGUUGAUGACAUCGUCAAGAAAACUCCAUGUGCAAUAAAUACUCCCAGGGUUUGUGUUUGUUUGUUUGUUUUCUCAUCUCAUCCUUCCUUCCUUCCUUUCCUUCCUCUUUCCCUUCAGCCUGUCCACAGAUGCAUGUUCAGGUCCAGAAAAAACAACAGUACAGUCAGUUUUAGGGCUCAUAGAAGUGAGAUUUAUUCCACGAUUACUGUGUGUUUGUUUUAAUGGAGCUGUUAGAAUUAGUGCCAAAUUACACAGAUCUGUCUUUCAAGGAAAAGUUCAGGAACUCAUGACGCAUUAAAAAAAAUCUCACCUGUCGCUCUUUGAGCUCGACUGAGCUGCUCCGCCUCCAGCUGGAGCUCAGAGCUCUCCUCCACCCACAGAAGGAGCUUUAAAGUCAGUUUUAUUACUUUUUAUUCAGAAAAAUGUAUGAAUGAUAAACAGCAGUGGUGGAAUUUAAAUGUACUACUGUUCAAAAGUGCAGUACAGGACAGUACAUCUGAGGUACUUGUACUUUACUGGAGUCUUGUGUUUUCAUGCCACUUUUCACUCCUACUCCACGACAUGUCAGAGAAACAUUUUCUUUGUACUUCACUACACAGAGAUUAUACACAUGACAGAAAAUGAAUUGGCAGCCGGAUUCAUUUGAUGUUUCAGCUUCUCAGAUGUUUGAUUUGCUGCUUUUCCUCUGAAUGAUCUGAAGGAUUUGAAUGUGUUUCACAGUGUUUUUAAACCAAAGGAUCAAUUGAUUAAUGGAGAGAAAAAUCAGCAGAUUGAUGAAAGGAAUCAUUAGUCUGAUACGAAAUAGUGUGAAAUGAAGCUCAACCAGCUCCAACAGUAAAAUCCUGCUCAAUCACAAUAAUCUGAUGAGAUCAGAUAGAACAGUAGAACAGGUACAGGGGACAUUUCACUGCGUACAGAGUACUUUAAGUACAUUUUCCUGAUUAUACUUACAUACUUUUACUUAAAUAAGAUUUUCAAUGCAGGACUUUUAAUUUAAAGAGAGUGGCAGCAAACACCUGCAGUUACCUGUCCUGUUCUCACCGAGCCUAACGAGUCACAGUGCAACCUCCCAGAGGAGCAAACUAGCAGAAACAGGCAGCUGCACAUGUAGCAGUGAAAAGGAGCAGCGUGAGUGGAAGAUGCAUUAGAUACAGUAGCUGCUAGACAUUAAACACACACACACACACACAGAGGUUUGGACAGCAGUUUUACUGUCAGUCAGCUCCUAAAACACCAUGUUCAUGCUGCCCAUUAUUCCUCUUCUCUUCCCUUCUCCUCUCUCUUAACAUUUCUCUUGUUGCAUCUUUGCUUCGUCUUAAAUUUAAAGAUGUCGAACUGUUUGUCCCACUAGGACCCAAAAAGGAUGUUCUCUCCCAGAAGUCCCUCAUGCUGAAAGCCAAAUGCUAUUUCCAAAUUUUCCACCCAGUAUUUGUUCCAGAGGAAAAAUAAAAUCUGCCUCGAGCAGGAAGUUCCUUUCUGUUAGUUUUCAAGUUAGUGAAUCAAGUGAAAUCCAGCACACAGAGGUGACAGUGGAGACAGUAUUAUGGUUUUCCUCACAGUAUCAAUCGUUCAUUGUUCUCGGGUCAUAUGCAGGAUGUUGCUGUAUGUACUGUUUUUCGUUGCGGUCCCUGUAUUUGUGAAGCUUCGUAUGUACAUUUUGUCAUCUGAGCUGUGGUUUCGUUCCUUUUACGGAUUCCCUUCGUUUGUGUUGAUAUUUUGUUUUUUCCUUUUGCGUUGCGUGCCAAAUGUACUGUAUUUUAAAGGAUGUGAAGGUGUAUUUUAAUUUUUGAAACAAAUUAAAUAUCAUGAUGUCA